UUAUAACUACAUCUGGAAUUUUAAAUAAAAAAAUCUUUAGUUAACUAUUGGUUGAUUCGUUUGCCUUCGCUACUGACGUCAUGCGCAAAUCGGACGAAUUUAGUACAAGAUUUUAUUUACGUCACGGACGAAAUUAGAAUUUGUCGCCAGGGGGACACGAAUGUUUAGGUCAUGUGAUCAACGAGAAAUGGGAUUUAAUCAUCAGUGGAGAAAUCGUUGAUUUAAAAAUAUGUGGUGGUAUAAAUAUGUAAAUUAAUGAAUGUUCCGAUGCAGCUUUUCUUCGUAUAUGAUUUGACUUACUGCAAAAAGGAAAGCGAUGAUCCUAAAGAUGCAAUUAUAUAUUUCCACCCACCUCAGGUAUCAGAGAAUAAAAGAUGUAUUAUUUGUUGUCAGCUUGUGGGAAUGGUUCAGUUUUUCCAGUCGACUUUCUCUUGUCCUAAAAUUAUAGUCCUUCAGAAAGGCAAAUUUGCUGUUAAAGUAUGUGAUAAUUACUUGCUUGCUUUGGAAGCCAAGUCCGGUGUUCCGGAUAAUAUUGUCUGGAGGCAAUUGAAUCAUUUAUAUAAUACCUUUUGCUUCUAUCAUAAAAGUAUUAGCAGAGUUUAUAAACUUUGUAAGAGGAGACAAGAUUUCGUUAAGAGAAUGGAAAUUAUAAUGAACUGUUGCUUACCGGUGUCGUGCUGUUUCGGCAACGACGUUCUGUUGGCGUUCGACGCGCUUCCCGUCUUUCUCGUGCCCGAAGUUAAGUAUUCUUCUAUAUAUUUAGAAGCCAUUAAAUUGUUACGCAACUGUCAGAAACAUUCCGGAAUUAUUGCGGGAUGUAUAUUAUUCGAUAAUCAAAUAUUAGUCACUCAGUUAAACAGUGUGGUGACUAGAUACGUAUUGCUCGUUAAAUUUAUACACGAGCUUUUCUCGCCGGAAGAAAUUCAAGUACCUUUCCAAUUACCUUCCGGAAUUGAAAUUGUUAAAGUAUUUAUUAAAAGAAAAAUGCUCGAACGUAUUAAUAAAGUAAGCAAAUACUAUGCUAAAAUGACAAACAAAUUGCAGGGCGGCGGUUCGAACACGUACGCGUCCGACGUCGACGUUAGCUCGGGUUCCGAAGGAGACGUCGAUUCCGACGCCAGCGUCGAAAAUGCGUGGGAAGUUAAGUUUGUUUCUAAACGUAAAGACGAAAGUGAUGUCAAAUCCGAACAGUUAGAAUCGUCCGACGAUGCCGAAGAUUGUUUAAAAUCUGAUAAAGGUGGUGAUAUUUGGAGAUCAAUCUCUGAUUCUGAUGAUGAAAAGUCAAAUGUUUGUAAAAUAUUUAUGAAAAAAUAUGGCAUUUUACAUUAUCCAUCAUCAUCAUCUAUAUCAUAUGAUCAAAUUGAUACUCUUAUUAGUCAGGAUUAUAAUUUGAAUGAUGAUUACAAAAAUAAUGAUGAAAUUCAAGAAAUGAGAUUGUUUAUUCAGUAUUAUAUGAAUUCUGUUAUGGUGUUACUUGUAAAUUGGUAUGCUGUUCAGAAUAUUGAAUUAAUACAAUCAGUAUGGAAUACUGCAUUACCAGUUUUGAGUGAUUUAGAAGUUGCAUUGCAGUGCCAUGUCAAGAAUAAACAAAAAGUUAAAACAAAAAAUGAUUCAUUUCUUUAUUUACAACAACAAGAAAGAAUUCUUAAUGGUUGCCCGAUACCAAAUUCUUCAAUAAAUGAUUCACCUUUACUUAAAAGUCUUCAACGUAUUCAUUUAGAUUUUGAGAAAAAUACUCAUUUAUCAGAUGUGUCCACCAUUGUUUGUGAUAAAAUGAUUCAUGCUUGUAGGUCGUCCAUUCAUGAAGUGUAUUAUCUUCGACCGUAUGAAGAACAUUCAGUAUUUUCUCUUGGAUAUCUUCCUGAUGAAGCAAUUGAUAAACUAGAAAAUAAACUUACAGAGUUUCUACCUUAGACAUACCAUUUCUAACACAUGAUACACCAGGGACAAAAACUUUCCUCACCCAGUCUGGCAAUAUCUCCUUAGUCUUUUGCAUUAAUCACUGCCAUCAACAGAUGAACAUGCUGAUGUUCAUCUGUUUGUUUAUGCUAUCCCAUCUUCUUUCCUUAUCAAUACCGGCAUUCCAUUUUUAAUGUGCCGGAAUAUGACCCAUUAACUUGGUUGAAAAUUGCAGCAAUGAUUUAAACUUCACCCAAUGUUAAAGGUGCAUUGAUUAAUUCAGCUCAGAAUAUGGACGUCAGUUUUCUGAAAUUGAAUACUUCAGAUUUGGAUUUGUCAAAUCUUAAUUCUUAGACAAUUAUUACUAGUUAACUUGUUGUAUGUACAAAUAAAAACUCUCUAUCACACCAAGAACCAGCAAUAAAUCUCCAACAAAUGUAAUAAAAACAACCAUUUUCUUCCAUUUGAAAAGGGAAGAAAAGUUCAUUUUUUUGCUGAUUCUUGAUAUGAUAAUGUUUAUUCUUAAUUGAUGGAUUUUAAUUCAGAAUCUAGUGCUAAAUUCACCAAAGGGUGUGUUAAUAAUAAAGAUAAUAGUGAUGGUGAUUUUAUUUCAAAUUAUUUAAGUCAGUGGUUGUAUAUGGUAAAAGGGAAAUAGAUAGAGUUCUAUUUUAGUCACACAAAAAUAUCUAAAGAUUCCACCACACCUUUCUUUUUUCUACCACUUUCUUUAAUUUAACUAACAUUUUGGUUGAAAACAUUAGUUAAAUUAAAGAAAGUGGUAGAAAAAAGAAAGAAAGGUGUUGUGAAAUCUAUCUAUAAUUUCUAGUUUACUGUACAUAGAAUUGCAAGAAUAUCUAAUAUAUAUUUUGAAAUUUCUUUGUUUCCAUUCUAGUAAUGCCAACUCAGUUGAUUUUAAUAGAUCUACAGAUGAAGAACAAUCUUUUAGAUCAGUAUUUCUCAACAGGGUCCAGUAUAUUACACCCCUAUAUAAGUAACACUAUCAGACAAAAGAUGAUAUAGUCUUAUAUUUAACUAGCUGUUACCUGUGACUUCGCCUGUGUGGAUUUUCCAAGCAAACACCAUUUAUAUUCAGUAUUUCAACAACCGUAGUAAUUGUUAUAUAACACCUACCGCUGAAUCAAGAGAAUUGCUGAGAAUCAAACGAACUAUUUUCAAUUUGAUCAAUUU